AAAUUAGCUGAAAGGAUUGUUAAACAGAAAGAACAGGAACGUAUCAAUGCAGCGCAGGAUAUGCAGCGUGAAUUAGAAGAAAUAGAUGUGCGAAAAUCGGAGGUUAAAGUAGUAGCUAGUGAUCUAGAAAGGCGAUUAUGUGAUGAUGCAGAAAAUCAAUGGAUUCUGGAGCAAUGGCUUUUGUAUGUACAAGAAAUGGCGCAGUUAAAACAACGUGAAGAGGAACUAAGACUUCGAGUGUAUGAGUUUGAGGUGAAUCAGGAGUAUAAAUGUCUUCAGAUGCAGUUGAAAGAGGUGCAGGAUGUUGAUGUAUUGGGCCGAUCUGCCGAUGAAAUUCAGACAGAGAAAAUGGUGCUGAAGAAAAUACUAGAAGUUCUAGAAAGACGUGAUACGAUACAAAAACAGCUAAAACAAGUAAAAAAAAGGGCCUUGGAACUUCAAGAUUCAGAACCAUCUAUAGCAAUCAGAUUGAGAGGAGCUUCUUACCACAAUUUUGAACCAGUCUUUAUAUAA